UCGAAAUUACAAGAUCCUUUUCCUUCUUCUUCGAUCUCCUUCUCCUUUUGGGUUCUUUUUGUUUCAGAUUCUAUAAUAUCUAUAGAUUCUCAGAAACAUCUUUGGAAGAUGGUUUGUUUGGUUUCUCGCACGGGAAGAGAGUUGCAAAGGUACAACAACUUGGGUUGCCGUCAAGUUGUCGGAUGCAUACCUUAUAGAUACAAAAGUAAUGGGUGUGAUGAGAACAUGAGCAAUGAAUUGGAAGUCCUUGUGAUCAGUUCACAGAAAGGCCAAGGAUUGACGUUCCCCAAGGGUGGUUGGGAACUUGACGAAUCAACAAUGGAAGAAGCUGCUUCACGAGAGUCACUUGAAGAAGCCGGGGUUCUUGGCAGCAUCGAGUGUGAAUUGGGAAAAUGGAGCUUUAUAAGCAAACGGCAUGGCACAUGUUAUGAAGGGCACAUGUUCCCUUUAUUAGUGAAGGAGCAACUUGAUCCAUGGCCGGAGAAGAAUGUACGCCGGAGACUAUGGAUGACGGCAGCCGAAGCCAGAGAAGUUUGUCAGCAUUGGUGGAUGAAGGAAGCCUUAGACAUAUUUGUUGAACGGCAGCACCAGAAAGAAGUUAUUUCGCCUGUUUUCUGACACAUACAUAUAUACAUAUAGACGACAACAUUGAAUUAU